AGGAGAGAGGGUUCCCUCCCCGCGUGCAGCACCACAGCCAAUCCCGCUCGCUGAGGGAGCGCGAGGCAUCACCCCCGUUGCCAGCACGACGCGCGGACUCGGCGGAAAGAGAGCUGUGUCGCUGCGCCCCGCCGCGGUUGGCUGCCAUGAGCGCGGUGCUGGACGUGCUGUGGGAGGACAGAGAUGUCCGCUUCGACAUCUCCCCGCAACAAAUGAAAAUGAGACCUGGAGAGAUCCUUAUAGACUGCUUAGAGUCUGUUGAAGAUACCAAAGGAAACAAUGGAGACAGAGGUAGACUGCUUGUGACAAAUUUGCGGAUUAUUUGGCGCUCACUGUCAUUGCCCAGAGUCAAUCUCUCUGUUGGUUACAAUUGCAUUAUAAAUAUAACUACAAGAACUGCCAACUCAAAAUUACGAGGGCAGACAGAAGCUCUGUAUAUAUUGACUAAAUGUAACAAUACCCGGUUUGAGUUCAUAUUUACCAAUGUUGUCCCCGGGAGUCCCAGACUCUUCACUUCAGUUAUUGCUGUGCACAGAGCUUAUGAAACUUCAAAAAUGUAUCGUGAUCUGAAGCUGAGAAGUGCGUUGAUUCAAAACAAGCAACUGAGAUUACUACCACAAGAACAAAUAUAUGAUAAAAUCAAUGGAGUCUGGAAUUUGUCAAGUGACCAGGGAAAUUUGGGAACAUUUUUUAUUACUAAUGUGAGAAUAGUUUGGCAUGCAAAUAUGAAUGACAGCUUUAAUGUCAGCAUACCGUAUCUACAAAUCCGUUCAAUAAAAAUAAGAGACUCAAAGUUUGGCUUGGCGCUUGUGAUAGAGAGUUCUCAGCAGAGUGGAGGAUAUGUCCUUGGUUUUAAAAUAGACCCUGUGGAGAAACUACAGGAAGCAGUGAAAGAAAUUAAUUCACUUCACAGAGUUUAUUCUGCUAACCCUAUAUUUGGAGUGGAUUAUGAAAUGGAAGAAAAGCCUCAACUUCUUGAAGAUCUAACUGUGGAGCAGGUUCAAGAUGAUGUGGAAAUAGAAGCUGACGAGCAUACAGAUGCAUUUGUGGCUUACUUUGCUGAUGAAAACAAGCAACAUGAUGGGGAGCCUGUUUUUUCAGAAGAACUAGGACUUGCAAUAGAGAAGCUAAAGGAUGGAUUCACACUCCAGGGACUCUGGGAAGUAAUACCCUGAUUCAGAUUGUCACAUAUUUGUUUCUUAAGCAAGGAAAGACUCUCAGUUCUUACUGGGCUUGUGGGAUCUGUAGAAGAUGAUUUAGAAAUACCAGAGUAACAGAUAAAGAACAUGCCAAAGAGUGGGCAAAUAUUGGAUGGUAUGCCCUCAGGAUAUGUCAUAAAUGAAAGAUUAUUUAAAACCCUUGUAUGUAUAAAAGUGUUGUAUUUAUUACGUUGUGUGAAGAGCUGGAGGACUACCAGUAUCUAAUGUAAGAAGGGGCAGGGCCCCAGCUGCUGGGGGAGGCCGUGCCCCCUGCAGACACUCACACAUUCCACAAACCUCAGAAGUCCCACCCUUCCUCUGGUCCCACAUUGUAAGGCCCCAAGAAGUCCCUCCUCUCUGUCAGGCUGUGAGGACCUGGAAGUCCCUUCCCAUUUUAUUUCCACUGCCAUUAUGUAAAAUGUCAUAUGCCACAUUUUCACUCUGCUUUUGAUUGGCUGACUGUGGAUUUUGACACGCUCAUACCCAGGUGUUUUCAGGCUUGUGACUGACAGGACCAGCCAUCCCAUCCUGCUUGCCCCAGAAGGUGGUCAGAGCAGGAACUCCCUUCCCCUAACAACACAGGGUCCACUGUGGUGUUUCAGACACCAUUUUAUGGCAGGUAGCCACCAUUUAUUUAUUUUUAUUUUACAACUCCAUGACCCAUGUGUUUAUAUACUGCCCUGCAAUGGGCUGCCAGGACCAGCUAACACUAGUCAUUUUACCUGCAAGUAUGUUGGAAAAGAAAGACUCCUCUUCCUCACACAUGAAGACCACCGUUAGAGAUAGGGCAGUGUGGUUGAUAGUUUGAUGCUCAAUUUAAAGUAGUCACGUAUUUAUAUACAGUGAUGUAUUUUCCCAUAAUGAUUACAUCUAGAUCAGAGGUCCAUAACUUGUUAAAUGUUGUGCAACACAGCAAUAUUAUCAUAUGCGGAACAUUUUGUAUCUAGGCAUAUUGGUUCUGUCACUGCAGCUGUGCUGUCACUGAAAACUUUGAUGAAGAGCAAUACUGUUCCAAAUACUAGUUUUGAUGUCUCAUAAUCUUGUUAAAUGUUCAGCACAUAAGCACAUAUCAUUCCAGAUACUUACUUAAUCGUAUUCCAGAGAUCUUCAUACAGUUCUUUCUUUUUGAUGUUUUGUUUAGUGUUUGGGUAUUUGUUGUUGGGUUUUGUUGUUUUUUUUUCCCUAGAGCUCUUCUUUAAGGAAUGAUCUUGAAAAAAGUGCACACACAAAUAGCUUCUGUGUCUGAGUCAUUAGACCUUUCUGAUGUUAUGUAUUAGAGAGAAAUGAGUCAUUUAUUGUUUAAAGGAAGAUGCAGCUGUUACGUUUUCUAGUGAGAUAAGACCUCUACGCUAUUUUCUAUAAGUGGAAAAAGUCAAAUGAGCCCUCCUCUCAGCUGUUGUUUUAGCAGCUGACUGUUAAUAGUAAAGUAACUGUGGUGUGAAUGUAAUUGUGGUGUUUGUCAAAAGUCUCUCAAGGUAUGUAUUUUAGUGAAAUACUGCCUAUGUUGAAAAGCAGUCACUAUUUCAAUAAACAUCGAUAAUGUUAUACCUCGCUGUA